UCUAAUUAAAAUUUUACAAUACAACUGCGCUGAGUUGGAGGCUAGAGAUGAAAAGUAUAACAGUUUACAGUGUUUUAUUCAUCUUAUUCCAGAUCUGCAGUGGAGAUCCUCUUCCUAAACCACUUGACACUAUAAAUGUCCAUUUUCAUCUGGAUGAAUCAAGUUCAGAGGAAAAAGAUUCAAGACCUUCCCCAAAAUUAGAUGAACCUGCUCCUGAACCCAAGCUUGAUGCACAACCUGAACCUGAACCUGAACCUGAACCUGAACCUGAAGUUAAAUCAGAAUAUAGCGUAAAUCAAAAAUCUGUAAAUCGAGGAAUAGAAGCGCAGAACAUCUGCCAAGACAUCAAAUGUACUGGAAAUAGAACCCAACUCAAGAUUACUUGUUGCAGUUUUAAGUGAAAAAAAUAAUAACAGCUUUUUCAUGUCCUUAA